GAGGACUUGGGAGGCCCCGGCAGGGUUGGCCAGCGCGGAAGCCGCACCCUCCUGGCCCCAGACGCCGGCAGGGCGGAGCCGCGCGGCCGCAGCUCGGGCUGAGACGCGCGGCGCGGCGCGGCGCGGGCUCGCGUUUGAGGCGUAUGGGGCUACAACGGGAGCGGCUGCGCCGCCCUGCCGGGUCACCGUCUUGCGCAUGCGCGGACCCGGCGCCAUUUUGGUGGCCGGGCGCGGAGGUGAUUCCACACUGAGGAGAGCGCGGCGGCCGGGGUGGCAGUGGCAGCAUUCGUGUGCUCGGGUGUGAAUCGCCGAGGGAGGAGGCGGUGGUGGAAGAGGUGGCGGCGGUGGCGGUGGUCGUAGCGGUGGCGGAGGAGGCGGGUACGAAUCAGCUGCGGGCGGAGACAUGGCCAACAUCGCGGUGCAGCGAAUCAAGCGGGAGUUCAAGGAGGUGCUGAAGAGCGAGGAGACGAGCAAAAAUCAAAUUAAAGUAGAUCUUGUAGAUGAGAAUUUUACAGAAUUAAGAGGAGAAAUAGCAGGACCUCCAGACACACCAUAUGAAGGAGGAAGAUAUCAGCUAGAGAUAAAAAUACCAGAAACAUAUCCAUUUAAUCCCCCUAAGGUCCGGUUUAUCACUAAAAUAUGGCAUCCUAAUAUUAGUUCCGUCACAGGGGCUAUUUGUUUGGAUAUCCUGAAAGAUCAAUGGGCAGCCGCGAUGACUCUCCGCACGGUAUUAUUGUCAUUGCAAGCCCUUUUGGCAGCUGCAGAACCAGAUGAUCCACAAGAUGCAGUAGUAGCAAAUCAGUACAAACAAAAUCCCGAAAUGUUCAAACAGACAGCUCGACUUUGGGCACAUGUGUAUGCUGGAGCACCAGUUUCUAGUCCAGAAUACACCAAAAAAAUAGAAAACCUAUGUGCUAUGGGCUUUGAUAGGAAUGCGGUAAUAGUGGCCUUGUCUUCAAAAUCAUGGGAUGUAGAGACUGCAACAGAAUUGCUUCUGAGUAACUGAGGCAUAGAGAAAGCUGCUGAUAUAGUCAAGCUUGCCCCUUCUUGAGGAGCAUCAACAUCUGUUAUUUUUAGGAUUCUGCAUAGAUUUCUUUUAAACUGGCAUUCUUGCCUAAUGAUGUUAUCUAGGCAACAUUGGAGACUGAAAAAAAUCCCUGCUCUGUAAAUAAAGCUAAUUAAACGUCUGUGUAAAUUUAAAAA